AUGGGGCCCCCAGGGGCCCCUGGCAGCCAACUCGCAGCAAAGGAGUCGUUGGGGGCCCCACAGGAGGGAGCAACGGACAGCCCACCAACUGCAGCAGCAGCAGCAGCAGCAGCAGCAGCAGCACGGAAUACAAGAACAUCAGUAGCAGCAGAAGCAUCUGCAGCGGAAGCCACUGCAGCAACAGCAGCAGCGCCAGCAGCAGCAACAACAACACCGCCAGCACUAGCAGCAGCAGCAACAGCAGCAGCGCAGCGAUUGCCAGGCCAGCAUGCGGAGACCCCGGCUGAGCUUUUGGGGUCGGAGGCUCGGCAGCAGCAGCAGCAGGAAGAGCAGCAGCACGAACAGCAGCAAGAGGAAGGGCAGCAGCAGCAUGAACAGCAGCAGCAGAAAGAGCAGCAGCAUGAGCAGCAGCGUCUGCAUGCAACUCGACAGCAGCAGCAGCAGGUAAAGAAGCAGAGGCGGCGGCAGCAGCCAAGGCAACAGCGUUCAGUGCUUCAGAGGCUGCUGCAGCAGCUGGAUGAGGCGGGUGAUGCCCCCAGCAGCGAUGACAGCAGCCGCAGGAUCUCCAAGGAGCAGCAGCAACAGCAGCAGCAGCAACAACAACUCGCAAAGAGGAAGGCGCUUCUACGGGCAGCAGCAGCUUCCGCUGCUGCGACAGGGCUGGAGUGUCUGUACACCUGGAGGCCCUUUCAUGUUGUUGCUGAUAGGGCUCCUGCUGCUGCUUGUUCGUGCUGCAGCGCCACACCCCGCCGCCGCCUGAGGCGCCCAUAUUUGCAGCAGCAAGAAGAUGUAGCAGUAGCAACAGCAGCAGCAGCUGCUGCUUUAGCUGCUGCAGAUGACGCACACGAAGCCGCAGUACCCGCAACACCAGGAGCGGGGACGGAACCGGCUGUAACAGCAGCAACACCAGCAGCAGCAGCAGUGGCAACACCAGCAGCAGAUGUGCAGGGGCUUGCAGCAGCAGAUGACGUUUCCACAGGAGUUGUUGCAGAGGAAGAAGGUGAAGCAGCAGCAGCAGCAGCAGAUGCUGAGCAGCACAGUUGCAGCUGCCCCCAUUACUUCGGAGCCCUAUUGGAGGCCCGAAGCUCCAGCACUCUCCGGUUGUCUCUUGUUGCUGCUGAACCGCCUGUAGGCUCGGCUGAUGCAGCAACAGCAGCAGCAGCAACGGCAGCAGCAGCAGCAAACGCAGCAGCCUCAGAAGCAGCAAACGAGAGCGGUAGCCCAACGCGAACGCGUACAGGCCUUAGAAGUGCUGCUUCGCAAGAAGCAGCAGCAGUGGCUGCUGUUGCUCCUCGUGCUGCUACACGUCUUGCCGCUAACGCUGCUGCAGGUGCUGCUGCUCGAGCAGUUGCUGCUGCUCCGCGAGUUGCUGCAGAGGGUAUUCUGCGGGCAGAUGCGGCAGCGCGGAGUUUGGGUGAAGAUUUGCUGCAGGUAUUGACAGCUAAGAGGCAGCUGCUGCCACUGUGCCUGCGCGCUGUUGUGCUUCGCGCUGCACCUCCUGCUGCUGCUGCUGCUGGUGCUGCUGAUCCUGUUGAAGCGGUUGAGUCUGCAGAGGAUACAGAGGAUACAGCAGCAGCAACAGCUGCUGCUGCUGCAACGAGCAGCAAGCGAAGGCCCUCAGUGCGACGGAAGAGGAAUUCAGCAGCUGCUGAAGAUCUUGUUGAAGGGCUUAUACCCAUCAGCAGCAGCAGCAGCAGCAGCAGGAAGUGGAUGUGGCUGGUUGAAGUUUCUCUUUGCCUAAUGACGGGCUGCUGCGGCUCCCCUCGCGAUGCGCCCCCAGUCUUCUCAGAAUGCAGAGCAAAAGCUGCACAGUGGCUAUUCGGGCGGAUGUUAGGCCAGACUUCGCUGCUGCCAGCGGCAGAAACUGCAGCAGCAGCAGCAGAAGCAGCAGAAGAGGGAACAGCAACUCCUCGGCGCUUCUUCGUGAGCCCUUCCUUUAUAUACAACCUGGUAUCUCAGAGGCGCUUCCUGCAUGUGCAGCAGCAGCAGCAGCACGCCCGAAGCAGCAGCAGCAGCAGCAGCAAGCGAAGCACUGCGUUUGGUGAAGUGGAGCUGCUGCCCCCGCCUGGGCUGCGAUGCCGACUGCGGCCAUAUCAGCAGCGAGCUGUUCUCUUUGCCCUUUACAGAGAGUGGCGAGCCCUUCUUAACAGCAGCAGCAGCAGCAGCGGCAGCUGCAGCAGAAAUACCAGAGGGGAGUGUGGCGUUGAAGACCUAGGGCCGCAGCAGCAGCAGCAGCUGACCGCGCUGCAGCAGCGGCAGCAGCACAUGAAGCAGCAGGUUAAUCUGAUGUGGCACAAGGUGCUGCUGCCUUCUGCUGCUGCUGUGUGGGUCAAUCAGACUACUGGCCAGGUCGCUGUUUGUUCGCAAACAGCAGUAGCAGCAGCAGCAGCAGCAGCACAUGCCACUCCAGCAACAGCAGCUGCAACGAUAGCAGCAACUGCUGUUCCUGCACCGGCCGCAUCAGCAACGUCAGUGGGUGCACCAUUCGAGUCAGCACUCGCAGCAACAGCACCAACUGCCGCAGCAACAGCAGCACCAGCAACAACAACAACAGCAGCAGCAGCAGCAGAUGAAGAGGCGUGUGUGGGGUUUGAGGUGCCUGGUGGUUUGCUGUGCGAUUCGAUGGGCCUGGGGAAGAGCGUAGAGGUGAUAGCCCUCAUGCUGGCGAACCCGAAACCCCACAGUGCUGCUGCUGCAGCCACAGCAGCAACAGGAGAAGCAGCAGCAACAAUAGCAGCAACAGCAACAGCAGCAACAGCAGCAACAACAGCAACAGGAGCAACAACAGCAGCGGCAACGGGAGCGAUUUAUUGUUGGGGAGAUUCGAUGCCCCCUGACUCUCUUAUUUGCUGCAUCUGCGCUGCUGACACCUUGGGGCCCCUUUGCCUCAAGGGGAGCCGCCGGUGGGCCCCGCGGCCUGCUGCUCGAGGCCUCCGCAAGCAGAAUCAGGAGCAGCACCAACGGCAGCAACGGCAGCAGCAGCAACAACAACAACAAGAGUGUUCGCUGCUGGCAGUCAUCCAGUGCUGCUGCUGCUUAGCCUUCUCCCACGUCUUCUGUGUUGCUGAGUUUUUAGGUGCUGCUGUUGCGGUGCCUUUCACCUGCCCUUUUUGCUGCGCAGAGCAGCAAGAGGCUGCUGCCUGCAGCAGCAGCAGCAGGACCGGCAGCAGGAGCGGCAGCAGCAGCAGCACCACCACCGCCGCCAGUAGCAGCAUCGUCACGACCAGCAGCAGCAGCAGCAGGAGCAGCAGCGAGUUGCCGCAGGCUCGGGGAACCCUGCUUGUGUGCCCCGCAGCAAUCGUAGGCCAGUGGAGACGCGAGGUGUCUGUACACUCGGGGCCUCCCCUCAAAGUUGCAGUAUACCCCGGCCUCAAGGCAGCCAGGACCGCCCUCGCUAACACUGUGGCAGGACUUGCUCGUGCUGAAGAGAAAACAUUUAGCGCGUCAAGGGGCCCCACUUCGUCUUCCCGGCGUGCCGGCCGGGGGCCUCCAGCAGCAGCAGCAGCAGGAGCAGGUGAGGGGGCUUCCUUACAGGGGCCACGUAGCCUGUCAGUGCCCCCCGCUGCUGUGGUGGCCGCUCUAGGGGGCCCCCCCGAGGGCCCCCACGUGCUGCUGCAGCAGCUGCUAGACUAUGACAUUGUAAUAGUGCCCUUUGAGGCGCUGCAGCAGGAGGUUUGGUUCGCCCCGCCUCUCAGCCUCACCAGCAGCAACAGCAGCAGCAGCAACAGCAGCAACUGCAGCAGCAGGAUGGCCUUGCGUGGCACGAAGCGCUACCGCAAACUCUUCUCCCCCAUCUUAGGAAUUCGCUGGUGGCGGCUUGUUAUUGAUGAGGCACAGCUGGCAGGGGGUUUCAGCGGAGCGGCACGAUUGUGCCACUCCAUUGAGGCUGUACACCGGUGGUGCGUCUCGGGUACUCCGCUGUUAGACGAGUUGGCUGGAGAGGGGCCCCCGGGGCCCCCGGGGCCCCAAAGGGGGGCCCCCCAGGCCCCACGGGGUUCUCUAUUACCACGUGAAUUAGCGGGACUCCUUGCAGCGCUGCGCCUCUCAACAGAUUGCAUCUAUCACUCGUCGCCUGCCCUCCUUCAGCGGGCUUUCCAGGGCCUCUCGUUGCCGCUGCCGCAGAGCGCCCUAGAGGAUGACCACAGCAGCAGCAGCAGCAGCAGCAGCAGUAGCAGCAUUAUAGAGGCGCGUGUGGGCCCCCGAUGGGGCAUCACGGGCUUUGCCUUAAACGCUGCUGUCGAUGUGUUGACACCUUUGAUGUGGAGGACAGAAAUGAGCGAGGUGUCUGAGGAGCUCGGGGUACCUCCUCCUAUUGUGCAUGAUAUUUGGGUAGAGUUGGGGCCCGUCGAGCGCUUCUUUUAUCAGCGGCAGCAGCGCGCUGUGGCGCAGCGUGUGCUGCGGCUUUGCAGCAGGCAGCAGCAGCAGCAGCAACAGCAGGAGCAGGCGGAGAGAGGGCGUCGUGGCGGGGUUGUCGGUUGCAGCAAGACAGCAGCAGCAGCAGCUGCUGCUGCUGCUGCCGCAGAUAGUAAGGCCCGCGUUGCUGCUGCGCUGUCUUCUCAAAUGGCGGCAAUGCUGCUGGUGCUGCGGCAGGCAGCAAACCAUCCGCAGCUGGGGGCUUUGGGCCUCAGCAGCCGCCGCAGCAACAGCAGCAGCAGCAGCAGCAGCAGCAGCGCCGGCACCCGCAAGACAGAUGGUUUAGAGGGAGUGGGGCGCUAUAUGUCAAUGGAUGAGGUCCUCUGUCGCCUCCUUGGAGAUGCCCGAGUCGAGCUGGAAGAGGCAUUGCGAGCGUACUGCGCUGAGGUAAACGGCGUCGCUGGUCUCUCGCUGCUGCAGGGGAGACCUGCUCGCGCUGCUCUUCUUUACCUGCACGUGCUGGAGCUGUCGAGGCGCUCGGUGGGGGGCCCCGAGUUAAGGGGGGCCCUUCUGCAAUAUUUAGGGGGCCCCCAGGAGACUGUGGGGCCCCUUAUUAUGGGCCCCAGUCUUCUGCACCCUCUGAAAGCAGCGGGGCCCCACAUCGACAAACUGCAGCAAAUUCAUGCGGCCUUCAACCUGUACCAGACCCUGUCCGGGGGGCCCGUGAGGCCCCCCAGCAGCAUCAGCAGCAGCAGCGGCAGCAGAAUAGACGGCAGACAGGAAGCGGAUGUGAUUUUGGAUCUCAGUGACGCUGCGGCUGCGGCGUCAACAGAGCCGCCAGCAACGACACCAGUGGCAGCAGCAGCAGCCACAGCAGCAGCAGAAGCAAAAGACAGUUCGGAAGCAGCAUCUUCUUCCCUGGUAGAGGUGGGAUCUGCCCCAGGAGUAUCAGGAGCAGCAACAGCAGCAGCACAAGCGGAAGCAAAGAUUGAUGCGGCAGCAGCCUCUUCCUCUGCAGCAGAGGCGGAAUCUACCUCAGCAGCAGCAACAGCAGCAACAGCAGCAGCAGCAGCAGCAUGGGAUUUGUUUCAGCGUUUGCGCAGCGAGUACGCCUCUAAGGCUGUAGGGGAGUUGGUGAGAGCGCGCGAGGCCUUUCGCUUUCGUUUUGCAGAGACAGAGAAAUUCAGAAGUGAGAGGGUUUUAGUUUGUGCGGGGAAAAAGGGGCCCCCAAGCAGGACCCAAGGGGCCUCCUGCAGCACCAAACGCACCCAGGGUGCAGCAGCAGAUCAGAGGAGCCCCCAGGGAGGAGAGGAGGGCCCCCUGAAAGGGAAUAGGGGCCCUCUAAAAGGAGACGGGGCCCCCAUGAAAGAGGAUGGGGGCCCCCUGGAAGGGGAGGGGGGCACCGUGGAAGGAGAGGGUCCCCCUCCGCAAGGGCAUAACCCUCAUUUAAACACUGUUCAGUGCGACGUUGAAGAGGGGCCCCGUACGGCGCUGCAGCAGCUGCUGCAAGCUGAAGAAUGGAGAAAGAAAAUGGGAGGGGGGCGGUGGUUUGUAGCUCUCGCGGGCCUCGAAGAAGAACGCAGUAGAGCCCUAGCAUCCAGAGUGCGUGAGGAGCUGUUCAACAUGCGCAGCAGCAGCAGCAGCAGCAGCAGGGAGGAGCGCUGGGGCUGGCCGCUUGCUGCUGCAGGUUCAGGAAAGAAGUUUCAUUUAGGGGGCGUCUCCAGUUGUCGGGGUCUUGUGGCUGCGCUUGAGGUGGCUUUAGAUGAGCUCGAUUGCAAAAGAGAAGACCUCAUACGCACGUUGGAGUCGCUGGAUCACGGAGGAAACCCUUCCCCGGAGCUGCAAGCAGCAUUUGGGUCGUGUCCCCGCUGCAACGAGUUGUUUCAGGCAGACCUGCUGCAGCUGCAGCAGCAGCAGCAGCAGCAGCAGCGGGGCAGGAGUCGCAACCAGCUCAGCAGCCUAUACCUGCCGCAGCAGCAGCAGCAGCAGCAACUGGGAAGCGCCUCUUCGCCGCGCAAACGUAGAAAGAAGGGGCGAGCGGAGGAGCGAUUGACGGGCAGUCUUUGUUUCCACUGCAUAGCGGCCCAGCAAAUCACCGAUUUGCAGUCCUGUCUCUACAACCGCGUUUCGAAAAACCUCGACGCUGUCACUGCUGACCCUACCAGUCUUAGCAUUGAGGGCUACCACCACUUUGGAGACAGCGAAUUGCUGCGGUGUCUCCAGCUGCUCUGCAGCUUCACUCGAAGAGACAGCAGCGGGGCCGGCGUUCUUUGGGGGCCCCUGGCAGCAGCAGCAGAAGUUCAUCUUAAGGAGCUUGAAAGCCUAAAGAGAGAGUUGUCUGCUGCUGGGGCUUAUCUGUUAGGAAGCCGAGGGGUUUUGUCUGCUUUUGAUGAACUCCGCAUGUCUGUCGCUCGAUUCUUCUUAAAGACAACAAACAACACAUCCUGCUUCCCUGCUGCUCCUGCUGCUGCUGCUCCAGCUGCUGGUUCAUCUGCAGCAGCUGGUACGGCAGCAGCAGCAGCAGUGCCAGAAGAAGUGGAGGCAGCAACAGCAGCAGAGGCACCGCAGCCGGGCACACCCGCUGCGGCCACAGCCGCAGCAGCAGCUGCUGCUGCAGCGCCGGUGCAGCCAGAACCUGCACUAGCAGCAGCAGCAGCGAGAGCAGCAGCAGCAGCAGCAUGGUCAGCAGAGGCGUCUUUGCGGCAGGAGCUGCUGCAGCAGCGAUGCGGGUUGGGCCCCUUGGAGGUGUCUGUUGUCUCCUCUGAGUUGCUGUCUGCUUUGCAGUUUUCUAGAGACCGCAUUGUUGUUUGUUUUACUCGCCAUCAAUACCUCAAGGGACUAAAAGACAAACAAACCAGCAAAAUGAAGCAGCAAACUCCUGCUGCUGCUGCUGCUGCUCCUGCUGGGGAGGUGUCUGCGGAGCCGUCUGCAGCAGCGGGGAGUGCUGCUGCUGCAAAUGCUGCUGCUGCAAAUGCUGCUACAAAGGAGGACCCCUUGAAAGCAGCAGCAGCCGAAGAGGGAGGGGUUGACGGAAGAACCCCUGAAGCAAUUGAGAGGGCAUCAAGAGCUGCUGCUGCUGCGGUGUGCAGGCAGCAGAAGCAGCAGCAGCAGCACCAAGAGUGUGAGGAGCAGCAGAACGAAAGGCAAGGGCAAGAGCAGCAGUUGCUGGGACAGCAAUCUGUUGUCAAGGCGGAAGCUGAACAGCAAAAGCAGCAGCAGCAACAACAACAACAGCAACAAGAGCAGCCACAGCAGCCGCAGCAGCUGCACACGCAUCAUCAGCAGCAGCAGCAGCAAGAGGAAGAGGAGCCUCAGCGGUGUCCUAUUUGUCUGCAGGGGCUGCAUGCAGGCGACUGUGUGGUGGUGCUGCCUUGUGGGCAUUCGAUUUGCUUCGUGUGUUUGCAGAAGUUGCAACAGAAGCAGCAGAAGCAGCAGAAGCAGCAGCAACAGCAGCAGCAGCAGCGGCAGCAGCAGAAGGGGCCUCUGCUCAGGUGUGCUAUCUGCCGCCACGGGUUCAACCCUUCGGGUGCAGCUCUUGUUACCUCUGCUGCUGCUGCUUCCUCUGAAGCCCCAACAAUGGACACACAGCAGCAGCAGCAGCAGCAGCAGCAACAGCAGCAGCAGCAGCAAGGGCCCUCUGACGACUCGCACACUCCUUCGCCCGAUCGCGAGUUCAGGAGUAUCGAUCAGGUGAAGGGGUCCAGCCCUUCCGGCCUACACUCAGCAAAGUUUGAGGCUGUGAUAAAUAAAAUAGUUGAAAUUGUUAGAGGGGUGAACAGCAGAGAGACAACAGAGACACUCCGAGACAAACGGCCAGCGGCAGCAGCAGAAGAAACUGCUGCAGCAGCCCCAGCAAAGAAAAGGCAUCUCCCUGCUGCUGCUGCUUCUGCUGCAGAGCAGCAGCAGCGGAGACAACAAGGGACGGACGAACAAGACGAGCGACAGCAGCAGCAAGAAGAAGGGCAAGAGCAGCAACAGGACCACCAGCAGCCAGGGGAGCAGCAGCCAGAGCAGCAGCAGCAGCAGCAGCAGCAGCACGGAAAGGGAGAAAAGGUGUUCAUUGUGAAGGACAGCGUGGAGCAACGAAUCGCUCAGCUGCACAAAACCCGCAUCGCCUCCAAAACACCCAGCGAAGCCCUUCUUUGCGAGCGGUUGUCUUUGGAAGACCUUCACGAGCUGCUGCAGAUUGGGGGAAGAAAAGCAGCAGCAGGCGCUGCAGGUACAACUUCGCCUGCUGCUGCUGCAGCGGCUGCUGCUGCUCGGGCCGAGGCUCCCGCUGCAGCAACAGCAGCGGCAGCAGCAGCUGCAGCAGAAGCCUUCUGUGGGGAGCGUACUCUAGAGCACCUAACAGAAGCACAAUCAAUACAAGAGGCAACUGCAGAAGCAACAUUAGCAGAAGCAGCAGCAGCAACAACUCCAGGCGUAAUGCCGGCAACAGCAGCAGACCUUCCAGAUGCAACGCCAGCAACCGCAGCAGCAGAAGCAGCAGCAGCACGGAGCUCGGCGCGGCUGUUGCUGCGUAGGGUUGAGGAUUCACAGGAGAAAGAAGGGGAAGCUCUAUGGAAUGAAGCAGCAGCAGCAGCAGCACAAGACAAAGCGGAGACGCUGCAGUCUUUCCUUGGCGACUUCUAG